CCUCCUCCUUCCUCCGCCCGCCGCCGCCCGCUCCCCAGCUGCUGCUUGCUGUGCCCGCUCUACUCCCCUCCCCUCGCACCUCUCCCACCUGGAGCCUGUCCGCCCGGAUCGGUCGCCUCGGCGUGGGGGAAGCGGACCUGGUGGCUGGUGGGGCGGAAGCGUUUGGACUCGGGUUCAGCCACGGAUGCUCUGACCGCCUCUCUUACCUUUAACCACUUUUGGAAUAGAGGAUGGCAUUCCCUGUGGAUAUGCUGGAUAAUUGCAGUCAUGAGGAAAUGGAAAAUUCUGCUGAAGAUUACAUGUCAGAUCUCAGGUGUGGGGACCCUGAAAAUCCUGAAUGUUUUUCUCUUCUCAAUAUUACGAUUCCUAUUUGCCUGUCAAAUGUAGGCUUUGUACCUCUCUAUGGUGGAGAUCAGACCCAGAAAGUUCUUGCUCUUUUUGCACCCGAGGACUCACUCACAGCUGUGGCACUUUACCUUGCUGAUCAGUGGUGGGCUAUUGAUGAUAUUGUGAAAACAUCUGUCCCUUCUAGAGAGGGACUUAAGCAGGUGAGAACUCUUGGGGAGAGAGUGGUUCUGUAUGUUCUGAAUCGAAUUAUUUAUAGAAAGCAGGAAAUGGAGAGAAAUGAGAUCCCAUUCCUGUGUCAUAGCAGUACUGAUUAUGCUAAGAUUCUGUGGAAGAAAGGAGAGGCCAUUGGGUUUUAUUCAGUUAAGCCUACAGGAAGCAUAUGUGCCUCGUUUCUUACCCAAAGCUACCAACUGCCAGUUCUUGAUACAAUGUUCGUAAGAAAGAAAUAUAGAGGCAAAGACUUUGGGCUUCAUAUGCUGGAGGACUUUGUUGAUUCCUUUACAGAAGAUGCACUUGGCUUGCGGUAUCCACUGACUUCUCUCAUGUACAUAGCUUGCAACCAGUACUUUGAAAAAUAUCCAGGAGACCAUGAACUGCUUUGGGAAGUUGAAGGUGUUGGACACUGGUACCAGAGAAUACCAAUCACCAGAGCAUUACAAAGAGAAGCAUUUAAAAUUACGGCAGUUUCUCAAAAUGAAACUAAAAGACCUGCGUCUGGAGAAUAUGGUCUUGCAUCUGUUCCAGACUAUGAAGCAGGAGCUGAAGACAGUCUGUCUAGUGAGAUGCAGCUAACUAUUGAUUCUCUAAAAGAUGCCUUUGCAAGUACUUCUGAAGGUCACGAUAAAACAUCUGUUUCCACUCGUACUCGAAGUAGUCAUUUAAAGCGGCCAAAGAUUGGAAAACGGUUUCAGGAUUCUGAAUUUAGUAGUUCUCAAGGGGAAGAUGAAAAGACUCCCCAGACUUCACCUACAGCUUCAGUGAACAAAUUGGAGUCUACUGCACGAACAUCAGAGAGCUCAGAAGAAUUCUUGGAAGAAGAACCUGAACAGAGUGUUAUUGAAUUUGAGGAUGAAAGUAGUGAUAAAAAUGUUCGACCAGCACCAGAAACCCAGCCAGGCCUGGAAAAGCAAGAAGGUGAAAAGGAAUCUGAAUCAGAGCCUAUGAAUGGUGAGAUAAUGGAUGAUACUCUUAAGACUUCACUUAUAACAGAAGAGGAGGACUCCACUGGUGAAGUUUUAGGUGAAGAAUUAAAAUUGCAGUCUUUUAAUUCCAGUGAAGACUCUACGAAUCUUGUUCCACUGGUGGUAGAAUCUUCAAAAUCUCCUGAGGCUGUUGCACAGGAUAAGACUUCACAUGUAACUGACUCAGAAAUGUUGCUAUAUGAAGGCCCAUCUGAUGACAAGGGGCACACUGAAGAGAGGCUGCCUCUAGUUUCAAGAAAGAAAGCACAUUUUGGGAGUUCAGACAAUGUGGCUACUAUCCCAAAUGAAGAACGGUCCGACAGUGGUUUUCCAAACUCCGUGAUAACUGAAUUUGCUGAAGAAUCAAUUCCUGAAAAUGUAUCACCCAACACUACUGCCUCAUUGGAAGACCAGGGUGAGGAGGGGGUAGCCGAGCCCCAGGAGACAUCUCCAGCUCUUCCUCAGAGCUCUUUAAUAGAGGUUGAACUUGAAGAUGUGCCAUUUGCACAGAAUGCAGGACAGAAGAAGCAGUCAGAGGAGCAGUCUGAAGCAUCUUCUGAGCAACUGGAUCAGUGGACACAAUCAACAGAGAAGACUGUGGAUAGCAGCUCAGAGGAGAUAGAAGUGGAAGUGCCUGUGGUCGACAGGCGGAAUUUAAGAAGAAAGGCCAAAGGGCACAAAGGACCUGCGAAGAAGAAAGCCAAGCUGACCUGAAUGAGGAAGAAAUGCGGAUGAUAAAUCCUCUUCUUUGUAACAUAAUUGUUGUUUUUAAAAUAUGGCAGUUAAUAAAUAGCAUGGGGCACAGGACAAAAACUCCAAAUUUUCAAUUUGAACUUAUUUAUGAUGCCGCUUUUCCCUCCCCUGUAGGACCUAGGAUUCACCGUUCUUUUUAAUUUUUCAGGCUAUUUUGUGUAAAUACAAUUUUUUUUUAUUUUUAUUAACCAUGUUUCGAUUUUGGGAAACCAGAUCAUACUAUAUUUUCUUUAGCAGUUGGGGA